AGAGCCUUAAACUGUUUAAGUAGCAACAUGUACUUUGAUGCUAUAUUAAUGACUUAUUUUGCUUAUUCUCAGUACAUUCCAAUGGCAGUGCUAUAUGGAGUAUUCCUUUAUAUGGGUGUCUCCUCUUUAAAUGGCAUUCAGUUUUGGGAUCGAUGCAAAUUAUUUCUGAUGCCCUCCAAACACCAGCCAGAUUAUACCUAUCUUCGCCAUGUGCCCCUCCGCCGGGUCCACUUAUUCACCAUGGUGCAAGUCAUCUGUUUGGCUGUUCUCUGGGUCUUGAAGUCCACUGUGGCAGCAAUCAUAUUUCCUGUCAUGAUCCUUGCACUCAUCCUAGUGAGAAAGUUGCUGGACCUGGUUUUCUCCCAACAUGACCUUGCUUGGUUAGAUGACAUUUUACCUGAAAAAGACAAAAAGAAUGAAGACAAGAAGGAAAAAAAGUUGAAAACCAAAGACCAAGAUAGGGACAGUGUCGAUGAG